AUGUCAACUCAUCCUAGGCAACGUUCACAAUCCACCUCUCAUUACUCAACACAUACAGGUUUUCAUUCUCGUAAACAAUUAAUAUUAACAUCCAUAUCAAAUUCUUUAGUUAGUGGUGGUAAUAGUAGUAGUGGUGCCGAUGCAAAGCUGGACAAAUCUCCAAAAGGUUCGAUUGAUGAACCAAUGUUACCAUUAAUUAAUUUAUUAAAUAAACAUAAUGAUUACGUUACCACUAGUAGUUGCUCCGGUAGAAUAGCAGUUUAUUGUGUUGGUGGCGGUAAAUGGUUAUUUGUAUCACACAUCAAGAUUGAAUUUCCAUCAGAAAACAUUAACAAUAAUGUUGACAAUAGAAAGGAAUUAAAUGAAUUUUCAUUAAAUACUGUUUUUGGCAAGGAAUGUGAAAAUGUCAUUUUAUUUAAUAGUAACAAUGUAGAAGAAUAUAAUUCAUUAUUAAUGGAAAAUCAAACCAGUGACAAUAGAUUAAUUUAUUUCAAAUUCGAACCUAUGAUUUUACAUAUAGAGGCACGAACCUUGGAUUCAGCAAAAAACUUGGUCACCUUAGCAAUUAAUGCAGGUUAUCGUGAAUCAGGUUUAUUAACAACAUCAAAACGUCACAUGGUGAUAAUUAAAAGUUCUUUAAAGUUGGAUGUACCAAUUGCUAAUUUUAAUUCAAUAACGAAAAAAAUAAGCACUUUUGUUGAUUCAUCAUAUUUAUAUUUACUUAUUUUGCUUGUGAGACAAAUUGGUUUAAGAAAGUGUGGAGGUACUAUCAGUGAUGGAAAUGAUGGAGAUGUUUCGACUGUUGAUGACGAAAGUCAAGGUUUAGAUAACUCGUAA